ACUCUCUCCACUUCGCCAUUUUCAUCCUCUCCACCGGUGAUCUGUGGUAGACUAGAUCCGUGGCUCUUCCAAACCGUGCUGGCGCAGGCCGUCGUGUUUCCGACAUUGCGAGUAGUUUGAGCAGGUACCACAGUAAAACCUUACAGGUAGAAAUUCAAUAUUUCUUUUUUGUACAUCUCAUUGUAGCAUCAGAAGAAUGUCCGAAAGCCCAGAAUAUUCCCCGUUCUUUGCAGUGAUGGGAGCAUCCGCCGCAAUGGUCUUCAGCGCUCUGGGUGCUGCGUAUGGCACAGCAAAGAGUGGCACAGGUAUUGCUGCAAUGUCUGUGAUGAGGCCGGAGCUGAUCAUGAAGUCCAUCAUCCCAGUGGUCAUGGCUGGUAUCAUAGCCAUCUACGGGCUGGUGGUGGCUGUGCUCAUCGCCAACAACAUCUCGGAAAAAAUCACACUCUUCAAGAGUUUCCUGCACUUGGGUGCUGGCUUGAGCGUGGGUCUGAGUGGCUUGGCGGCUGGCUUUGCGAUUGGCAUCGUGGGUGACGCUGGCGUGAGAGGCACUGCCCAGCAGCCUCGGCUCUUUGUCGGCAUGAUCCUCAUCCUCAUUUUUGCUGAGGUGCUGGGGCUGUACGGCUUGAUUGUUGCUCUCAUCCUCUCCACCAAGUAAACAACGAGAGAACAACGUUCAACAUGACGUAUAGAAUCACCACAUACACCAUACACAAACACACACACACACACACACACACACACAAACACACACUUGCUCAGUCACCAAACACAUGACGACUAAAGUAAAGACCCAUACUGGAUUUAAAAAAAUAAAUCCUAUCCAUAAAUAUCGACAUUGUAGAACCACAACCACCACCACCACCACCACCACAUAUAUUACAUUGACCCCAAGAGCAGAGAGGAGAAUGUGUGUGGUCGUGUCUGGGUAAUUGAGUGUGUGAGCGAGUGAAUACAUGUUUGCAUGUGCGUGUGUGUACACACACGCUCCUCUUUUCUCCUUGUGUACAGUACUCCUGAGUUUAGUCGCUUCUGUAAAUGCGCUGUGUAAUUUGUGCUUUGUUCUGUGUGUGUGUGUGUGUGUGUGUGUGUGUAUGCGUGGGUGUAUGUUUAGAUAGUGCAUCCCUUCCUCCCUUGACCUUGCUAUGCUUUGCUUGUUUGUGUUUAUUUUUUGUUGUGUGUGUUAUUUUUGUCUUCAUUUUCCUCGUGUAUGCAAAACAUACGUUUUUUUUUUUAAGUAUUAUUUUGACCAUUUCUGAUUUCCACAUGAUGUUGAGGACCUAUCAAAUUAUAUACAAAAUAUACUAUUUUUUUUUUCCCCACUGAUAAUUUAAGAAGAUUUUCAAUUGUUCAUGAAACUGUUUUACAGGAACAAAGUCUUUAUUGAAUCCCAAUGCUCUCUAUAUAAAUAAGUGUAUUAUAUAAAUAUAUAUCUGUAUAGCUAGGUGAAUUGCACUGUGGGUAAUUUUGUUUCUAAGUGCUUGGAGUUUCACUGGGUGUAAUCAUUGGUUAACAUGGAGAUAGUUUGUCUGUACUCAGAUAUUGGUGGGGGAGUGUGAGUGUGUGUAUGUAUAUGUGUGUGAGAUUAUGUAUGCACGCAUGUAUCUGUGGUCGGAUGUGUGUGUGUAUGUAUGUAUGUCUGUAUGUAUGUAUGUGUGUGUGUGUGUGUGUGUGUGUUUUAUCUCAAAGAUGACAUUCUCGAACACUUGUACCGUUUUAAUCUGUAGUUCUGCUGUCUCUGGUUGCGUUACUUGGCCGAAGCAGGUCAGUGAAGGCCGAACCGUCCAAUUUCCUAAAUAAAUAAAUCUCCUCAACUUCCA